CCGACACGGUCAAUAGAUGUCCUUGGUCGCGUCGACAUGACGGCGGCAGUCCCCGCGUCUCCGCGGGAGAAGAGCGCAAAUUGACAUCCAGGAGAUCUACGGUUAUUGUGGAUUGAUGAACCAGGAAAAGCAAUCCUGUGAAGGAGGUGGAGUCAGUGGGGUGUAUGAUAAUCUUGCGUAGGGUAAGUUGCAGGCAACUUCUUUCACGCUUGACUGAUCAACAUCACCAUCUUUCAUCGUUUGAUCUCGAAACUCACCAUGUCGAUUCUUUUGCCCGCCAAGUCUCUCUUGAUUGUCCUCAGGGUUGUGGGCUUUCUGGGCACCUGGGGUGGUACUGCCCUCGACGGCUCGACCCAGCUUCUCACCGAAGUACUGGAUGACCCCUAUGGCCGGCUCCCGGGAACCUGGAUGUUGGUCCAUCGGACAUUCACUGGCAUUCGCCUUCCACCUCUCUAUUUCAGGUGUCUCGCUCUCUACAGUAAUAUUCCCCUCUAUCUUCACCUGGGGCUAUCUCGAAGAGCUAUACCCGUCUGCCAUGUUCGUGCCCCUGCUGUUUCUACCUCCGACUUAUACUCCCGGCGACAGGGUCAAGGAAUUUCUAUUGUUGGAAGAGUCGAUCGCCUAGUGUGUGAUGUUGGUUGUCGUAGCAAUCGAGCUCCAUGGAGCAUGGUCGAGCGUCGAGCCACGCGGUGCUGCAUUCUGGUGGUCGUGGUCCCUCCUCGAUUCGCCUGGGUCAUCUCCCCUCCUCGGACCGGAGACGACGUGUUUGCUAAUUAAUUGGCUGCGGGGUGAGAUUCUGUCCGGUCAGUGUGUUGA